AUGGUUCCUGUGGAAUUUGGCAAAAAUCCACCGACAGGCCUCACAGGCCAAAAACUAAUGUCAUUGUCAUUGCAGUUGCAAAAUCUUCAGCAAAUCCUUCGUUCGUUGUCAUCAAAAAAGCCUGCAAUAUUCAUGGUAUGGUUUUCGCUCAUGUUGCUUUGCAUAUUCAAUACAUUGGUGUUAUUCAUGGCUGUCAGCUUUGCGUUUUGUCUACCCCUAUAUCCGAGUUUUUGGAAUACAAUCGACUUAUCUAAAGAUAUUUUGGCACCUACAUAUUAUACACCUCCACAUAAAUCAAGAAUACUGUUGUCUAUGAAAGACUCAUCAAACCUGCACCAGCCCAAAUGGUCGUACGAAAAGACAAUUCAUGAAAUGUUCAACGAUCUUUUUCCCAAUGAAUUUAUACGACAUUUCACCUUUGAAGAUCGCAACACCACGUUAACCAUCAAUUUGGCCAACAAUGGGUAUUCUCAAAUCAAAGAACUUCAAUCUUAA